AUGACUUCGAAACUCAUUCCUAAGAACCCUUCCGAGGUCAUGGUGAUCCGCAAGGUGACCCCUAACAUCACGACACUAUCCGUGCCGUUUGAGCGAUAUGGCAGAAUCAAGGUCGGCGGCAGAGGAACUAUCGUCCGUCUUCAAUCUGGCGCUCUCGCCGUCUUCUCUCCUGUCGCCCUGACUCCCGAAGUGCGCACUACGGUUGAAGAACUCGGCGGUAACGUUCGCUACAUUACCGCUCUUGACUUUGAGCACCACAUUUUCCUCGGCGAUUGGCACAAGGCCUUCCCCGAGGCCAAGGUCAUCGGCCCCGAGGGACUGCCGGAGAAGCGCAAGCAGCAGAAAUAUGAAGAGGUUCCUUUCUCGACCGUCUUCACCAGAGCCGCGCACGACAACAACGAGGAUAUUCGAAUCGACCCUGAUUUCGACUCGGACUUUGAGUACGAGUAUGUCCCUUCCCAUGCCAACCGGGAAUUGGCCUUCCUCUACAAGCCCGACCGCACCCUCAUCGAGGCCGACCUGCUCUUCAACCUGCCCGCCACCGAGCAGUACUCGCGGACCGGCAAGAAGGCCACCUCCGGCUUCCUGACCAAGUUCUUCGCCAAGGCCAUGCGCACAAAGGGCAAGGCUCGCGUCCAGCGCCGCCUCUUGUGGUACCUUGUCACCCGUCAAGACCGUAUCGGCUUCGGCAAGAGCAUGGCGCGCAUCGACAAGUGGAACUUUGACCGCAUUAUCCCCUGCCACGGCGACGUCAUUGAGAUUGGCGGCAAGGCCAUCUUCAGAAACGUCAUGGAGUGGCAUCUCCGAGAGCUCAAGGCUGCCUUCUGGCACAAGAAGUACGAGCAGCCGAAGGCCAAGGAGACCAAGGAGGUGGCCAAGGAGGAGAAGAAGGCGCAGUAA